CAUACUUUCGGUUUCAGGCUUCGGGCAUCAGUCACGGACCAGGGUUUAGUGGUUGCGCACCCUAUGUGGGCGGUUCAACGAGCUCGAGCAUUCCUCUCCUCUUCCACGACUCCGUUGUGUUCUUCAUCAUUUUCGCAGGCUCCGCUACCAUGGAAGCUAGGGUUUUCAUUUUCAGGCUUCAAACAUGCUUCCUCUUCAUCCGUCAAUUAUGGUCCCAAUAAAGGCCUUUUGGAUCUGCAGGAGAUCGAGAAGGUUCUGAGCGAUGUUAGAGCCGACGACGUCAAGGUCAUGCCGGUUCCCAAGCACUGUGAUUGGGCCGAUCAUAUGGUGAUUGCCACUGGUAGGUCUACCUGGCAUGUCAAGAACAUCGCUCAAGCUCUAAUUUACAAGGCUAAGCAGAAACAGAGAGGAGCGGAACGAAUGGUGCUACCAAGUGUGGAAGGGCAAAAGGGAGGAAAGUGGAUCGUCAUUGACUCUGGUAGAGUUAUAGUUCAUGCUCUUGAUGAAAAGGCCAGAGCUUAUUACAAUUUGGAGUCUCUUUGGAACUCACAGACAUUGGAAAAAGAACCUGAUUUGGGAAAAGCUUUGGUUAAGAUCCGCCGGAAAAACAAUUCUAAGAAACCAGCACAAAGGAGUGCUUAAUUAGUGAUUCUCUGCAGGAGUCGUGAAGAAGCUUGUAAUUGUUGUUUGUGAGCCAUAAGAGUGCAGGUACAUCAAUCGUAAACUGUUGGAAGAGAUUAGGUUUUGAUACAUGGUCUCUUUCCUAUCCGUUUUUGCCCUUGUACUGAAUACUAACUUUGUCGGUUUACAAUCCCAGACAGCUUGUAUUGGAAUACUAGUCAGUUUUACUGUUAUAAGAUCCACAAAUCUAACAAAGACAAAAAGUGAGGGCAAUAAGCUCUUUGACA